GACCAGAGAAAAGGAGCUGCCCAGAGGCAGUGGUCCUGAAAUUCCAUGCCGAGGAGCUAACCAAGGCAGCAAGGUUCUGAAACCCAACCAGUCCACUAGCGCAGACAGAGGCCAGAUCUCAGGCAAAGGGAUUGUGGACCGGGACCGGGACCUGGGAGAAGGAGACAGCAGAACCAAACCAGGGCAGAGGGUACAGUCAGGGAAGGAGGGGUGGCUCCCUAAGACACAGGAGCAAAGGGUUGAUAUGAAGAGCUGAAGCCAAUUGAUGUAACCACGGAAAGGAUGCUUAGAGGAACUUGGAUCCUGUGACUGCUCAAGGGACCAAGUGACCUUCCAGAAGCUGCCAGGCUGCUAUUUGAAGACAGAGAGUCUAGAGAUGGCCAAAACAUAUGUGAAACCUAAAGAGAUGGUGGAACUGGCCAGCACCCCAUCCUGGAUGGACAAAGCCCUGAACACCCAGGAUGAGAUAAAGGAGGAGAAUGAAAGACAAGACAGCUAUAGGAUGCUGAGUGGCUUGGCUGAAGAGCAUGACAGCAUCGAAGAGGAAGAGGAGGAGGAAGAAGAGGAGGAAAAUGGGGAGAAGCCCAAGAGGAGGGGUCCAAAGAAGAAGAAGAUGACCAAAGCACGACUGGAAAGAUUCAGGGCCCGAAGGGUGAAAGCUAAUGCCAGGGAGAGGACUCGGAUGCACGGCUUGAAUGAUGCUUUGGAUAACCUGAGGAGAGUCAUGCCGUGCUACUCCAAAACCCAAAAGCUCUCCAAGAUUGAGACACUGAGACUGGCCAGAAACUACAUUUGGGCAUUGUCUGAGGUGUUGGAGACUGGCCAGACACCUGAAGGGAAGGGUUUUGUGGACAUGCUUUGUAAAGGGCUCUCCCAGCCUACAAGUAACCUGGUAGCCGGAUGCCUCCAGCUGGGGCCACAGUCUCUCUUCCUAGAGAAGCGUGAGGAGAAGGCCGCUAUUCAUGAUUCCACCAUCCCCAGUCACAAUUUCAGCUAUCAGUCUCCAGGGCUCCCCAGCCCACCCUAUGGCCACAUGGAAACGCAGCUUCUCCACCUUAAGCCACCUACAUUCAAGGGUUUGGGUGAAUCAUCUUUUGGUGGUCACCCACCUGACUGUACCACCCCACCCUAUGAAGGUCCCCUUACUCCUCCCCUAAGCAUUAGUGGCAACUUCUCCUUAAAGCAAGAUGGAUCUCCAGACCUAGAUAAAUCAUAUAGCUUCAUGCCUCACUACCCCACAGUAAGUCUGAGUGGGGGACACGGGCACUCAGCUCAUUUUCAGACAGCUACUCCCCGAUAUGAGAUUCCCAUCGACAUGUCCUAUGACCCCUACCCACAUCAUGGAGUUGGGGCUCAACUCAAUGCCAUCUUCAAUGAUUAAUCAUAUGGCAUAUGCCCCAGCACUCCCAACCUUGGAAAAGGCUAGGUAUGAUCUGGCAAUAUUUCUUUGUGCUCACGGGAGAUUCAUUAGCUUCAAAGUUGUCAUCUUUCAGUAACUUAGACCAUGUAAUACAUGGUCCUAAUUCUUUGGGGCAUAUCUAUUCUCUAAGACAUUUUUCUUAAUCAUCCAUUUCCAUCAAUUCUUGACAGUGUGUUGAUUUACUGAUUUAACUUGUAGCUGAUAGUAGAAGGCUCUGUGUGCUUUUCUCCUCAGGAUUUGAUAGGAAAUCUCUGCAAAAUUACUGUACCCAGGACAAGACAAGCAAUAAAACAAAAUAAAUUAAGAUCAUGAGUGGAAUAACCAAAGGAAGCCACCAAUUUGGCAUGACAGAAGUUGCUUCUGAUUAUUAAAGUCUUGGUUUGGACAUAAACCUCACAAAUGUUUCCUUUCUUAGAAGUCUUCGAGGAAAUUUGUGAUAGGCAGGAGUCUCAUAUUGUCUGCCUUCCUGGAGAAGCUGGAAGGGCAGCGUGUAUGUGGGGGGUGUGGGGGUGUGGUGCGAUUCUCUCAUGACCUGACUCUGAUUAUAAGGAGGACUACAAUCUGAACAUUUCAGUUCCAGGAGUUGGCGGUCCAGGAGUGGCAUUCCCAUGCCAAUUGGCAAGUCAGCACUUUUCUUUCAUCACUGGAGCUGAAAUAAAGAAUUCUGAGAUCAUCCUUGGACAAAGAGGACCUAAUGAAGUCACCCUCCCUCCCUUGAGAUAUCUGUAGAGAUCUGAGGGAGUUAGGAACCAACAAAGCAUCCUGAUGGGAGCAAUUAAAUAGCCACCAUCAACCCUCUUUCCCACUACAGGUUUCCUGCCUGUUAGCUCUCUUCAUGAUGUGCUGACAGAUCAUUGAAUUCUCCAAGGGAAAGUGCAUUUCAUUUGACUUAAGUAAACCAUAUUGAAACCACUGACAUUAGUCCCCCCAGCCAUCUCAUUUCCUAGGUGCCCCACAUGUGUUUUCCUGUGGAAAAUACUUGCCACUGCCUCUCCAUCCAACUCCAUUCUACUCCACACUAUUUUAAAUUUCCUGAACAGAAUAAAAUGAUGUGAGGAUCAUGCUUAUGCAUAUGCUGACUUACAACUUGGAUGGUAGAAUUAGAGUGAAAUUAGGACCAGUCAAUGGGUCCUUCUAUCCUGAAGCUUUACUUCAUACCUUCCUGUGAACAGUUUACUCUCCUGUUCCCCCACAAUUCCUUGUCAUCUUCAUAUUUAUUAGUCCAUCUGAAAUGGCCUUUCUCUCAAGACCCAAGAACCGAGGAGAAUUUCUUUACUAGCCCAAUACAAGCUACCAAGGGCCAGAUAUACUGUCUUCAGAACUAGAGUUCCAUGGUGUGGAGGUGGUAACCUUUUAGAAAGCGUGGAGCACCAACACACACCAGCCAGCAACCAUCACGAGAGAGGAGGACCCUGCUCACCAACCAGACCAGUGUGUGAGAGUGGGGUCAGACUGAUGUGCAUUCUGUUUCCCAAAGGCCAUAUUAUAAAAAAGAAAAACACCUGCUGAAGUAUAUGUACCUUACCUGUUUCUCUCAUUUACUUAUUUCCUUGCAAGCCUAAGUUAUUUUCUUUCAGCUUUGUGUGAAACGUGGAAUGUGUUCCUCAUGUAUUCCCUGGGUUUGCAAAUACCCUUUAAGUCAGCCUUGCAGAAAAAGAUCAGCCCAACAUCAUUCUAUUAGCCCAGAAGGGAAGAAGUAAAGCGAGUGGCAUAUGUUGCCCCCGCUUGUCAUAGAUGACUACCUAGAAUCUGAGUGCAUCUCAGCACUAGAAGGGAUGGACCUCAGAGGCCAUUUUUCCAAUCCAUAGCCAAAAUGUGAAUCCUGAUUAUAACACCCUAAAAAUGUUCGCUCGAAGGCCUCGAGUGAUUAAAAACUCAUGACUUCCCGUGACAGUCUAUGCCAUUUGGGGUAAUAUUUAUUUGCUAGAAUAUUUUCCUUAUAUUGAUUCAAAAUCUGUAUCCUUGUACCCUUCAUCCAUUGCUUCUUAUUCUGCUCUUGGCAUUCAGGUAGAACAAGUUUAAUUUCACUUCCAUAUAACAGUCCUUCAGAUAUUUGAAGACCACUGUCAUGUCCACCAUUGUCUUUUUUCCUUGUCCCAGACGAGUAUAUAAAUAUUGCUCUGAAAGGUUGGCUGCAUUUGUGUUUAGGGUUAUAUGUAAUGUGUAAUGUUCUGGAUAUUUAUUAGAUAUUAUUUAUUUAAUUUAUUACUCCCCUUCCUCUUGUGCCCAUUUUUCAGAUUCUGCAGGUGUGACAUUCAGUGCCAGUCAAUAGAGUAGGUGGGACAUUAGCUGGAAGAUGGCUCAUGACCUUAGUAGGGUGAUCCCGGUUUGGGGGGGAGGGGUCAUCAGGUAAUGCCAAAUUUCCCACCCCAAGGUAUUUUAUACAAAGCAGCAAUAACAUGAAUGGCUAUGCAAGCUAAUUGUUUUCUCGUGUUUUCCUACUAAGAAGAGCCAGAUAUAUUUUUGGAAUCUGUUUUCAUGUGCUAGUGGGCCAGGACCAGGGUCCUCUGCCUGCUGAUUCUGCACAGGGAUUUUGUAGAAAAUUGGGAUUUGGAGAAUGUCGUAGAAUAUAGAUGGACCCUGUCACAAGGCCCAUGAGAGAUAUCUUACUCUUUUGAAGAGUCCUGCUGGAUAUCAAAAGCCAAUGUUUGACCCCUUUGAUAAUAUGAAUAAAGGUGUGAAUCUUGUU